UUAGAAAAAAGAAGAUUGCAACAUGUCUCACGGAGGUAGAAACGAGUGUAGGAUUUACGUAGGCAAUUUACCUCCAGACAUAAGAACAAAAGAUAUUCAAGAUCUUUUCUAUAAGUUUGGAAAAGUUACGUUUGUGGAUUUAAAAAAUCGUAGGGGACCACCGUUCGCGUUCGUCGAAUUUGACGAUCCAAGAGAUGCUGAAGAUGCUGUACACGCCAGAGAUGGAUAUGAUUAUGACGGUUACCGAUUGAGAGUUGAAUUUCCAAGAGGUGGCGGUCCAAGUAAUAAUUUCCGUGGAGGUCGUGGAGCAGGAGAUACCGGUAGGGGAGGACGAGGCGAAAUGAGUAACUCUCGAGGACGUGGUCCACCAGCAAGACGUUCUCAGUAUAGAGUGCUUGUUACUGGUUUACCUCCAUCUGGAAGUUGGCAAGACUUAAAAGAUCAUAUGCGAGAAGCUGGUGAUGUCUGCUUUGCAGAUGUAUAUAAAGAUGGAACAGGAGUUGUUGAAUUUUUGCGCUACGAAGAUAUGAAAUAUGCAGUGAAAAAACUUGAUGAUUCAAGAUUUAGGUCUCAUGAGGGUGAAGUGGCAUAUAUACGCGUUAAAGAAGAUCACAACAGUGGCGACAGAGGACGUAGUGAGGAUAGAGAAAGGGGUAGAAGCCGUUCACGAAGCUAUAGUCCAAGACGUCGUGGUUCUCCUACAUAUUCACCGUUGCGGCGUAAUUACUCGCGUUCAAGAUCCCACUCCAAAUCUCGAUCGUACGACUAGUGUGUACGUAUAUGUUUCACAUGGUAAUAUAAGUAAAUGUUUAUUGAUAUUUGCUUUACCAUGUUUUAUUAUUGCUGAUUUAAAAUUUGAUUAUAUAAAAAUUUCAAUCCAAUUAGACUUUAUAAGGAUUAUAAAAAUGUCUUUUCUGACAUAAAUAGAAUAUUCUGAUAUAUUCGGUAAAUGAAUUGGGCACAUUCCUCUUGCAUAGAAAACAUAACAACCACAAAUUUGUGACUUUUAUUUUUAAUUUUGAUAUUGUUGAUAAUUGAAUCAGCAAUAAUAUGAUAUCCCAAAUAAUCAUAAAGUAUAAUAAGUUUCAAUAGCAAGUUUCAUAAUAACAAUGAAAAGGAAUUGUGCUCAUAAUCGACUGUUAAUCAACAAAUAUGCAAAACUACACCAGUUAGGUCACUUGUACAUUAUAAAAUACAUUCCUUUAUAUUUUCAAA